CUGCUCGGUCCGUGUCCGUGAUUCGACUCUCUGAUUCCCCGUAGCGAUCAGUCACAGCGCUGCAACUUCACUGUGUCGCUCUCUUUUUUUAAUGUUUAAGCUUUGUUUUCGGCUGGAAGUUUUUUUUCUUCCCCUCCUGUCUCCGCUGCCGCAUACACUGCGCUCACUCUCUCUCUCCCACAGUGACCCACGCAGAUACAGUACACACAUACACACACACACACACGCAGACACACGCAGAGCCCUCGCCUGAUUUGCACCAGCGCGGGUCAUUUCAGGUUAAACCCUGGCGCUGCGUCCCGUUCACUUUAGCCGACGGAAAUCUACACUGGUUCCUGCUGAGGAGGAAUGCACACACACCGGGACUCCACAUAAUUCUUGGAUACGAGCUUCGUCUUCUAUGUGCGGUGUUUCUCUCGGGGAGCUCGGCGGCUCCUCAGCGCUGCCCGGAGUCAGACUUCACCACUUCCUCUGUUAGGUAUGUACCCAGACGUCUGAGGAGGCUCUGAGGAUGACGCCUCGGCCUUAAACCCCACCAGUAUGUCAGAGCCAGCAGAAAGUUGCUCCCCCCGCUGGAAAGAUGAAGCCCUUCAAAAUGGGUACAUACCAAGCUACCUGGACAAGGAUGAGUUAUGUGUAGUGUGCGGGGACAAAGCCACAGGCUAUCACUAUCGCUGCAUCACCUGUGAAGGUUGUAAGGGUUUCUUCAGGAGGACGAUCCAGAAGAAUCUGAACCCGACCUACGCCUGCAAGUUUGAGGCCAAAUGUGUCAUCGACAAAGUGACGAGGAACCAGUGUCAGGAAUGUCGCUUCAAGAAGUGCAUCGCUGUGGGGAUGGCCACAGACUUGGUGUUGGACGACAGCAAGCGUCUGGCCAAGCGGAAGCUGAUCGAGGAGAACCGGGAGCGCCGUCGGCGGGAGGAGCUGCAGAAGACGGCGUGGGACCGGCUGGAGCCCACGCAGGAGGAGUGGGACCUCAUCCGUAUGGUGACUGAUGCCCACAUGGCCACCAACGCCCAGGGCAACCACUGGAAACAGAAGCGGAAGUUCCUGAGUGCAGCGGGGGUGAAGGAAGCAAAGCCUGAGGAUAUUGGUCAUGCGUCGAUGGCAAACACACCUGAAGGAAACAAAGUGGACAUAGAGGCCUUCAGUCAGUUUACAAAAAUUAUCACCCCUGCCAUAACCCGAGUGGUGGACUUUGCCAAAAAACUGCCUAUGUUCUGUGAGCUGCCUUGUGAAGACCAGAUCAUUCUGUUGAAAGGCUGCUGCAUGGAGAUCAUGUCGCUGCGAGCCGCCGUUCGCUACGACCCCGAGAGCGAGACGCUCACGCUGAACGGGGAGAUGGCGGUCACGCGAGGUCAACUCAAGAACGGAGGCCUGGGCGUCGUCUCGGACGCCAUCUUUGACCUCGGCGUCUCGCUGUCCUCCUUUAACUUGGACGACUCGGAGGUGGCUCUGCUACAGGCCGUCAUCCUGCUUUCAUCUGAUCGACCAGGCCUCAGCAGUGUGGAGCAAAUUGAACGCUGCCAAGAGGAGUUCCUGCUGGCCUUUGAACAUUACAUCAACUACCGCAAACACAAAGUGGCUCAUUUCUGGCCCAAGCUGCUAAUGAAGGUGACGGACCUGCGGAUGAUCGGCGCCUGCCACGCCAGCCGAUUCCUUCACAUGAAAGUGGAGUGUCCCACCGAGCUGUUCCCUCCGCUCUUCCUGGAGGUCUUCGAGGACUGACCGAUGGAUUUUAGUGUAUGUGUGUGUGCGUGUGUGAGCGUGCGUCUUAUCUAUGUGUAUGUGUGUGUAUGUGUGCAUCCGUCAGCGCCUGGGCACCCUGGUGGUCUCAGGGGUGGAACCAGGAGAAGGGCCAUCACAUGAACUUUCUAUGAGCACUACUGAGUGUCACUUCAUUCCAUAGGUUAGGAGUAACUCUCUGGUCUAGUUUUGGAUGGAACCAUUCCUUUACAGUGCGGGUACUUUUUAUGAUUUUUGUUUGUUUUGUUGUUGUUAUUGUUGUGGAUAUAACCUCUCACCUCGGAUUUGUGUUGAUGAUUGUACAGUUGGCAUAAUGGUGGUUUUACUGACGCUUGUUUAUCAUUAGCAACCAUGCA